AGCUGAUCGGUCUUGCUCCUCUUCACCAAUAUUGAAACAUCAUGCCACGAGUUGCUGUAAUUCGGGGAGUGACAUUAAAAGUCGUCUCAGCAAUAAACGUACAGUUCUGUCCAUUCGAAGAAAGGGUUAGAGGAACAAGGCAAUUUCUAAGUUACAUGGGAAAUGAGAAUAUGAGAGCUACAAACCCCAAAUGCAAGAUGACAACAACAAUUAAAAAUGAUCGUUCUGAUCCAAUUAUUGAUGUCACUUUUAGUGAUGGUAGUCAACUGGUUUUUAAAAGCAAGAAUCUCACUAACUCAGAAAUACUGAACAGAUUUUCCAAACAUAUCAAAGAAAAAUUUCCAGAAGAUUACAAAGAAGCUCUUCUUUGAUGAACUUUUUCAUACUGUGACAAAGGAAACACUGUCAUUAUUGAUGUGCAGUGCUACAUUCAUAGGAGCCUAUAGUCACAGUUCUUGUCUCGCACGUUUUUUACCUUUUGUAUAUUCAACAGAACAAACAGUUAUUGUUCUAUUUGAAGCGAAUAUUUAACCCUUAUCUGGUCAAGGGUUCAUGGAAGCAUGCAUAAACACAGAAUUGCAUUCAUUCUAUACUGGAUUAUUAAACUUAUUUUUAUCAUUUGUACUGUGACUACCAUACAUAAUUCUUGUUGCCACCCACAAACACUGAAACUUAUUGUAACCAUUGUUCAAUAUUGUUUGCAGACAUUUUUUUAAAAUUUACACAAGUACUAUCAACACAUACGAGUUGUUAUUGUUGAUUUAUCGUAAAGCUUUUUCUUAAGGUUAGACCAGCGUUUUUGAAGCCCUUGGUGCUCAGAUUUUGACAGGUGAGGAGGAGAGAAAAUCAAAAAAAAAUUGUCUGAUUUGUGAUUCUCAAAUAAAAUGGGAAUGACAAAGGAAGAAAUAAAAAUAAUUA